GUGCGAGAGCUCCGGCUAAGUGAUGGCUUGUUAUAGCAGUUGGUUUAGUUCGAUCAUAUCUGACUAAGGGUAGCUACCAUAGUCUUUAUUAUGCAAUAGAAAAGCCCUUGAAAUUCUUCCAAACUGGAGCUCUGCUUGAGAUUCUACAUUGUGCAUUUGGCAUUGUUCCCUCUUCUGUUGUCCUGACUGCUUUCCAAGUGAUGUCAAGGGUUUUCCUGACGUGGGCUGUAACACACAGUGUAAAAGAGGUACAGAAUGAAGAUAGCGUCCUCUUAUUUGUUGUUGCCUGGACGAUCACUGAAAUUAUACGUUAUUCCUUUUAUACAUUUAGCCUAUUAAAUCAUCUCCCUUACCUCAUCAAAUGGGCCAGGUACACACUGUUCAUAGUAUUGUAUCCAAUGGGAGUCUCGGGAGAACUACUCACAAUAUAUGCUGCCUUGCCCUUCGUCAGACAGGCUGGCUUGUAUUCCAUUAGUUUACCUAACAAAUACAAUUUUUCUUUUGAUUACUAUACAUUCCUGAUCCUGGUUAUGAUCUCUUAUAUUCCAAUCUUUCCUCAGUUGUAUUUCCAUAUGCUACAUCAGAGGAGAAAGAUACUUUCCCAUAAUGAAGAACACAAGAAAUCUGAGUAAUUCCAGCUCUUUCAGAACUUUUCAAACACCAAAAUGCUGCAGACUUUCAGUAACCCAGCACAUUUAUACAAAGUUAACCAGGAGUUUAAAAACAAUAGAGUAACUAAUGUGAUUAUUUUUUUUAAAUGUCACCAUAUAAAACGCUAGAAUAUAAUUUUCAGCAUGCACUGCUAUGGAGAAAUUCAUGUGACUUUGACUCUUUAGAUUUUACCUAUAUUUGCUAAUGAGAUUUUCAUUUAUCACUCGAUACCUGAAAGUUACAGAGUGAGUGAUAAAGUUGUACCCACUAAUACAGUGCUUGAAUUGGGAUUAUAUUAUUAUUAUUAUUAUUAUUAUUAUUGCAAUUGCUUUUGUAAAAGCGCUUGACUGCAUGCCAGAAAUUGUAUGUAUUUCUGUAGGGGCAAACUAUAUUCUCUGGAAAGCUCUGAUUUUGUCUGGGACAACAGUAACCAGGCAGAUUGCUUAAAUCUAGCAAGAGAAUUUCUGAACUUGAAAGGCAAGUGGGAGGGAGAGCAGGGAAGCAAUUCUUGAAACCUAAGAGGAAUGUGAUUCUCUAGAAAUUUAAACUGUAAGGUGUCCUACCAGCAUAUGUUAUCUAAAUAUUGUUGAAUACCUCAAGCUCUUUUGUUCUAGUCUAGUAUAUUCCCUACAGAGGCUGUAAUUCUGGUCUGAAAUAUUAAAACUGCCUUUUGUACAGCAGCCUCAGAUCAUUUUUUUUAAAUAUAUAGGGGAGAAAGUGUAACUUUAAUUUUUCUGAAAUAAUUGGGUGAAACAAUAUCAUGACUUGUGGAUCUGUUCAAAGUAAUACUAGGACAUGUCACUUGGUAACUGUGUUUUCCUCCCUUUAUACCUUUAGUUACCCCAUAAGUUCUUACUGUUGUCCAUAGCUCAUUAACAGCUUCUUUUUGUUUAUGCACUUGUAAACAAAGAAAGAGUUGAAAUAAAUUUCUGACUUUCAACUUUAAUAAUAAAUGUACACAAUCAUAGUCUAAGUAAGUUCUAUACAGACCCUUUCCAAAUUGUGUUUGGCUGCUUGAACUUAAAAUGCAUAGUCAACAAUGUCAAUGAUACUGUUAAAGCUAAUUUUAAUGGUGCUAUUAAACCAAUAUUUAUUUAUUUUUAAAAAAUGUGUUAAUUCACGGAGUAUUUUCAUGAACAGAUUUAUAGUUACAGUUAUUUUAGGUUUUUCUAAAAGAAAAAAAAUCUAAAUCUUUUCAUUACCUUUUAUUUUUGUUGGCAACACUGCUUCUUGUUCCUUUGAAAAAAGUACACCUGAAUUUUUAUCAGUGCUCAAAAUGGUUAAGAGCUUUUAAUAUGGAAAUAGCCAAAUUUAUAAUGCAGCAUAAAUGAUACCACGGCAACCCGAGGGAGGGGCUGAAAUGUAGAGAUAAUCGUAGUGGUUGGUUUUGAUUUACUGUGCAACAUACUGUAAACUUACUACUUUAUUGAACAAUAAAUCUCUCCUUCAAAUUGGCUAUCCAUGUUAAUAAUAGCCACUGUUUUCAAAGGGAGGCACCUAAAUCUAUCCAUUGAUAGACACAUAAAUCAAAAUGGCCUGACUUUCACAAAUUCUGAAUGCUCACAGUUCCCACUAAAAUCAGUGGGAAUUCUUGAUGCUCAAUUCCUUUGAAAAUCAAGCCACUUGAUUAAGUGCCUAAAUAUGGAGUUAGGAGUCUAACUUUAGGCUCCCAUGUCUAAGCAUUUUGGCCUGUGUGAAUGAUAUAUGAAAUGGGUUAUAUUAACUAUAUUGGUGGGAAGUUAAUAUAAUUUUAAUUAGAUGGCUUUGAAUUUUCUAAGAAGCAGAGUGAUUGCCACAAAUUUUUGAGACUGAGGAAGAAGGCUCUGUAAAAUUACCUAUUUAAAUAGAUGAGUUUUUAUAUUUCGGAGUUUUAUUACUUAUUUCUGUACCAGUAACACAAUACCAUAUAUAAAGGUAAUUGACCAUAUAUAUAAAUCAUCUCCUAUGUUUAAAAAAAUUGAGCAAACGCUCCCAAACGUGAAAAAUAAAUGUUUGGUUAUAAAAAAUCUUCUUGUCAAACAAAAACCUAUUAAAGGAUUCACUGCUCUACAUUUUCAGCAUGUAAAAUGCAUUUAGUACAAAUAAGAAUCUAGCUCCUGUUUAAGUUGGUAAAAGUUCAUCCUGAAUAAGGACUGCAGAAUUAGGUUCCAAGAUACUUUUUAAUAACUGGUUUCUUUGUUAAUUUUCUUUUUUUGAUGACCAUACUGUGAAGAGUGUAUCUGUCACUGAAAUAUAAUUCAGCUUAUGUAAACCCAAGAGUGGAGAGUUUUAUGGGUACUUUAUUUGGUACAAUCAAGAGAAUUCUUUUUCAUAAACUGUUUACUUGACCCACAUAUUUUCUCCUUUUCACUGGUAUCACCAAACUGCUACAGAGAUAUGUGCUUCUGUUUUUUGUGGUUUUCAUUAUGUGAAUAGCAGUUUAUAGUCAGGUGUCAUCCUAUGCUGCUUUAUCCAAGUUUGUAAUUACAUGGAAGAAACACUAUGUCCUUCCUAGUAGACAAGAUACAUCUGGAGUUGUAGAAAUGUUCAUAGUGUAAUUUGCUGUAAAAUGCAGAUUAAAGGUACAGAUAGGUUAUAAUUUUUCACAGUAUAACCUUUCUAUCAAAAAUUUUCUAUUUACCAGUGAAAAGAUUGGUCAAUACAAAUGCCAAUCUGCAAAGUCAUUUUAAAAUAAUCUUUCGAGAUACAAAUAUUCAUGAUGAAUAUAUAUAUCAAAUCAGGUAUAUGUGGAUACAUAUUCCUAUAGUGAAAUUUGGAUGAAAACUUCAUUAUAAUAGUCAUUUUGUAUUUUUUGUAUGUUGUGAAGAAUAAAAUUGUAAUUUUAUAAGUCUUUAAUUGGGUAAGAUAAUUAUAAGUUAAAUGUAUUUUUUGUAUAUAUAGGAACCAGAUAUUACAUAGAGCUCUCAAAGAUUAAACUUAAGAAUUUUUAUGCAUGUUUGGAAGAUAUUUCUACCAGAUGUAGUGAAACAGUUUCUUCACGAAAUAUUAGUUUGUGUUGUUUCAUUGUGUAAUAAAUGGAUUCUGUGCUCUCUACCUGGAUUUGAACUACUGACCAGUUAUACUAACUGCUGAAAUCCAAAUAAUAAAAUUCUGGAUGAAAUAUGGA